GAUUUGCCGGCGCCCGCUUGUUUUCGAUGCGAUUGUUGCGAGCGAAGUGUCUAGCUUGCGAGCCCAGCCUUCGUUUUCGCCGCUGUACCUUCGGGAUUGUUAGGACCGUUACGCUAAAACAUGUUCACACCGCGUCGUUCGGGCACCCCUGGAGGUUCCUUCCUCGCAAGUCCGCACUCGCUGUCGAGAAGUCGGCGUAGUGUUGGAACGCCGCUGGCGUACGGCCGCUCGCCAUGCACGCCUGGCAUGCUGUCGCUGUGUCAACUUCAAGACAGCUCCCUGCACCAGUCCCAAGUGCUCGAAGAAACGGCAGACCAUGUCGUUGAGCUGUUCGGAACCAUUUUGCCAGUACUUGUCAGCGAGGCUCUUGUCGAAGCCGAACCUGGCACAGAUAUCAGCGCCCGCAUUUCGAGCUGCGGAUGGGCAUGGCUGGUCUGUGGUCGGAAGUUAUUUGUGUGGCAGUACAAGCAGGGAUCACGUAACAGGAGUUGCCGCAUGCUAACACUCCCACCGAGCGACCUGGCUCAUCGUGCCGACCUGGUCUGUGUGCUGCUGAGGGACGAGCUCGCUCCCGCCGCCCUGGCGGUGGCUCCGGCAGGCACUCUUCGCUACUGGCCCAACAUAGCCCACGAGGGCUCCUCGACCGAUGCUCUGGCCGAUCUCCAGGGAGAGGAGUGCUACUCUCUCACUAAUACGCAGCCCAUAGGCUGCAUUUUGGCCACCACCACAAGCUCUCUGAUGCUCGUCACACCAUCCUCAGUUGACGGUCAGACGGCACUGUUGAUCAAGCCUCUCAAGGCACCUCAGGGCCUCUUGGCGGGCAUCAGUCGACGGGUGUCCUCGUUCAUUUUCGGAGCCAUGCCAUCUCAGUCGUCCGAAGCGAGGCACCUCGUCAAAGUGCUCGUGGAGCCCACGGAAGAGGAGGACGAGAAGUACGUCUAUGUGCUGCUGCGCAACACCCUCCAGAAGUGGUUUCUCGAAGAAGCAGGACCUGAAAAGUUGUGUGGCGAGUGCGACCUGGAUCGUUCCAUGAAAGAACAGUUCCAUGAAGCAUUGUGGGAACAUGGGAACACCCUUCCGAGGCACCUGAGGGCCUGGUGCAUUGACAUGCAGUUGUCAGCGAACGGAGUCGCUGUACUGAUGGCUGCUCUCAACCCCCAGGUUUCCCAACAGCUGCACUAUGCCAUCGGCACGGUGGACGUCCGAAAUGUGGGCUCUCCCAAUGACAGCCCAGUGUGCUUUACGGAUUUCACGGUGCUUCGUUUCUCGGAGCAGUACACGGAGAGGAACGAGGAAUCCUUGCUCAACUACAAGUUUGUCCUUCCAUCGGUAAAUCGUCGUACCAGCUUUGUUUAUGGCACCACCAAAGUGUACUGCGUGACCCCUGGCAGCAACGUGGACGACCCAGAUGUAAUAGAAUUCAAGAAGGACAAGCUUCUCGGAGCAGGCUCCUACGAAGGAACGCCAUUGUUUUUUUCACAUGUCCACGGCAUCGUCUGCAUUCGUUCUGUCCACGCACCUGCACAAGAUGCCAGCCGUACGGUGGAACUCUUGCUUCAAGACCAUGGUUCUCCGGAAGAUAAUAUGGAGGUGACAAGUGUCGACGAAAGCAAUUUCAACAAACUCCGUUCAGCAUUUGUGCUGUUUUGCAAGAGUGAACUGCUGAGAAGCGAGGCAAUCAUUGACGAAACCUUCCUGGGCCGUACGGAGCCGUCCAGCGAGCCGGACUCUGCGUUAGACACAUGCGUCUCGCGCUUGGGCUACCGGCUUGUCGACGACGUGCCAGCUAUGGAUCCCCGGUGGGCGCACCAGCACGCACCGGGUGGCCUCGGAUCGUCCUCGCUGUCACUCCUCAUCCACCACCAGCUGGAAGACAAGCUGCGUGCCCACCAGCUGCUCCUCAAUUUCCUCAAGGGCGUGGGCCUCUGGCAACGGCUUUAUGCAGUCACUGUGCGGGGAUUGCCAAUGGCCACCAACUUGCUGCUGCAGGAGCAGGCUGAAAAGCUGGUCGCUGCCAUGCAACUGCGUUCGCUCCAAUCCCAGUUCAGUGGAGUGAUUGAUGCUGGCAUCAAGCGGGUAAUCGAGGCACGUAAGGUCUCUGGAUCUGGACGACUGACAGCAGCGGACCACUUUUAUCAACAGGUCUCCGAGCUUGACAGAAUCUUUCCUGCCCUCGUUGAAGAGGAGGAGGCCAGGCUGAGCAAGGGAAUAUCUCCCAAGGAUGAGCUUGCGCUGAUCACCGAAGUGAAUUCAAUCAUCGUGAAAGUCUUGCAAGAGGUGUGUGUGUUCAGGGAGAAAGAGCAGCUUCUUUACGAGGCAGCCCGAGAGAUAUCCCUGGAGUUUCGGCCGUGGACAUCGGCCCUUCGUGAGGUCCUGUGCAAGCAGCACCUAGUGACGGUCGCAUGUGCAGUUCCCCUGGUCGACGAGGCUUUUGAUCGUGGAAGGGUGUACCAGCAGCUGUGUGACUUGGCAGACCUCGUGCUCAAUGGCUACAAGAUCCAGUUAGACUCGCUCAGCCAUGACCCGGGUGCCUAUGAGGCACUGGAGCUGCAGUACCAGAAGGACAGGAAGAACCUCAUUGCACCUCUCAUCAAGGCCACCCAGUACGAGAGAGCGGCAGCACUGGCCGAGAAGUACUACGACUUCACAUCGCUGGUUGAAAUCUGCGAGACCACCAAGAACAAAGAGAAGCUGCAGAACUACAUGAUCCAGUUUGCUGAUCAGGGAUUUCCAGAGUUUGUGUUCAAGUGGCAACUUGACUCGGGACGACGCGGAGAGCUGCUGCGUCAACCGGCGUCGCAGCACCGCAACCUCGAGCGUUUUCUGGAGGGCCAUGACUCCCUCAGCUGGCUGCAUGCCAUUCAGCUUGGCAAGAUGGGCCAGGCUGCAAACACGCUGCACAGUCUGGGCUUGCGUGAGGACAAAUACUUGGCCCGAAAGAAGACACUGUUGAGCCUCAGCAAGCUAGCUGCCCUAGCCAGCGGAGACCCACCCGAGUCCCGUGCCGACCUCAUCAAAAGCAUCAACAAAGAGCAUGAACUGAUCAUGUACCAGGAAUCACUUCCAGCAGCAGUGAAAGAGGCAUACUGCCUAGACCCGAAGAACAUGCAAGCGCUUGGGCCAGAGGAGCUGAUAGAGAUGUACAUCAGCCAAGACAACAUGAACGCCGACGAGUACGACUUUGCCAAGGCACUCGAGCUGCUCAGCUUUAUCGCGGACCAGACGAGGGCCCAGAUGUUGCGCAUGCGCAUUUGGUGCGCAGCCAUCCUCAGGAACCAGUGGGAAGACUUGAACACCGACGAUCCUGUAAGCAUCAUGCCAGAUCUACUGUUCUUCAGAAUUGCAGAGCUGUAUUUUUCCAAGGGUUUGAACUUGGCCGAGUUCCUGCCUUCGCUGGACGAGUUGUUGGAGAUGCCGGAGUUGCACGACCUGGGAAACAACCCCACGUUCUCUUUUAUGCUUGGCGCCGGCUACGAACACAUGCAACGAGUGGCAGCGUGUUAGAUCAA